AUGGGUGUGGAAACAAGAGGUGUUGUUGCGGUUGCAGCCACAUCCACAUCCACAGCCACAGCCACGACCUUGUUGAUGAUGAUGGUGAUGGUAAAUGUGGGUCUAGCCCAGCAGCCUCCGCAGUCCCAUACCGUGUAUUGGGCGGUGCCCCAAAACAAACAACCCUAUCCAGAUAUGCGCGUGCCCGUGAAAGACUCUAUAUUGUUCAUAUAUUCCGAUCCUACCGACGAUGUGCAUAAGGUGAAUUCAAGUAACUACGCGACGUGCAAUCCGGUAAACCUGCCGGGUAGUCCCGUCGGCAAAGGCGGAGUUAGUAAUUUUACGAUCACUUCCCCUGGGUACCACUACUUAAUAUGCAGAAAUCGAAAGCAUUGUAACAAUGGAUUGAAGGUCACUGUCAUUGCCAACUGA